AUGGUGCUUGAUCAAGUUAUUGUGGGUCUAAUUCAUUUCCAUUCCAUUCUUCUUUUCUUUAGAAUAUUAGCUGCUGAGAUAGUGUGCGGACUAAAUUUCCUCCAUUCCCGUGGCAUUAUUCAUCGGGACCUGAAACCAGAAAAUAUUCUGAUAGACAGUACCGGCCACAUUAAGAUUGCUGAUUUUGGUCUGGCUGUAGAGAAUGUGUUUGGGGACGAAACCACCACAGGCUGGGCCGGAACAUAUGAUUACAUGGCCCCGGAGAUAAUUUGGAUGGUAUAUGACUCCUGUGUAGACUACUGGUCACUUGGAGUGAUAUUGUAUGAGAUGCUCACUGGGAGAAUACCCACCUUCUCCUGGUUCAGAAAGACCCUACAAUGUCCAGAGAACCUAAACACAGAGGCAAAGGACAUUCUUACGAAUCUGCUGACAUACUCCCCAUCUAAAAGGCGGAAUUUUGUUGGCAACAUCAAGCAGCACCCCUUCUUUAGGCCAAUUGACUGGCAGGCCGUGGAAGCUGGGAGAAUUAAGCCACCUUUUAUACCACCACCAGCAGAUGACUUAUCUGGGCAAUUUUAUGAGAUGUUAUCACCUGCUGAAGUAGAGGAUGUGGAACCUUUAAAUCAUUUAAAAGGACUCUUGUUUGUGUGCAAGGAGUGGAGGAACAUCUCACCCAAACAAUAGAUUUUGGCCUAAAUCUUCAGAGAAGGCAGAAGAGCUAAGAGGAACAUACAGAGAAGGACUAAUUGUGUGCCGUUGGAGCCUUUCAAUAGAAUCAGAAGCUCCAGUUCUGUAGGACCUAAAUACAGAACAACAGAGACAGUCGUUUAAAAAGAAAUCCAUGGAAUUGAAAUAGAGCGAAAAAUCGGCACAUGGACUGCUGACACCAGUUUUGCCUAUUUCCUGGAUCUCCAGAACAGUGACGUAACAUCUGCUUGCAUCGCCCUGCCAGCACUCUGUAUGGCCCAAAACUGAUGUCACGGGCAGCCAGCAGGAAUAUGGGUUUUGACCCGCUGGGGGUUCAGAAGAGUAACCAUGGCCCAAGAAUAGCAUGGCUCCAGAACUGUAAUGUAACAUCUACUUGCAGCACCCUGCCAGCACUCUGUAUGUUUAAAAACUGAUGUCUCAGGCGGCCAGCAGGAAUAUGGGUUUUGACCCACUGGGGGUCCAGAAGAGGAACCAUGGCCCAAGAAUAGCAUGACUCCAGAACAGUGACUUAACAUCUGUUUGUAGCACCCCUUCUUUAGGCCAAUUGACUGGCAGGCCAUGGAAGCUGGGAGAAUUAAGCCACCUUUUAUACCAGUAAGUACUUGAGCUUUAUAUAAUCCUAUUAAGUUAGGACUGAUGAUA